AUGCCCACGCGCGUCGUUCUCGUUCGCCACGCCCAGAGCGAAUUUAACGCAAGGCACUUGAUACAAGGACAGCUCGACCCACCACUCGACGACGUCGGGCUCGAACAGCUGCGCGUCGGCGCGCCGCGCGCCGCGUCCGAGCACUCAGACGCGAGUCGCGUGUACACGAGUGAUCUCUCUCGAGCGUCAACGACCGCGCGCGCGAUCGCGGAUGCGCUCAACGUCGACGUCAUAGCGGACGUACGGCUUCGCGAGCGACAUCUCGGCAAUCUACAAGGCUUACCGCGCGCAGAGUUGAAGGAUGCCGAACCGAGCGCGUACGCGGCGUGGAAGAGCAGAGAUCCGAAUCAAACGAUACCGGGCGGCGGCGAGUGCGGACGAGAGGUGGACGAGCGACUGUGCGAUUUCUUCCGAGAGAUCGCGCGCGAUGGUCCCCAAAAGGUGAUAGCGGUGACGCACGGCGGUGUAUUGGGCCGCGUCUUCUCCGGAGGCCGAAACGGCGACGAAAAGAGACUCUGCGGGAUGCGUCGAGGGGUGGGAAAUCUCGCCGAGUGCGUCAUUGACGUUGACGUCGAUGGAUCAUGGCGAUGCGAGUACGCGACGUGGGCCUCUGGUCGGUUUUUGGAAUCGACCGCGCUGGACGCGGACGACGUCGCGUGA